GACAGAUUACAGGCUAGAUUUGUGAUUAUUUUACAAAUGUGUUUGGGAAAAACUAUAUUAGGAGUAGUAUAUAUUCCAUUUUAGAGUUAAAUUUUGUUUGUAUAAUGAAGUGCUACUAUGAAGUUUUAAAUAUAACUCAAAACGCCGAUGAAUCAGAAAUAAAAUCAGCGUACAGAAAACUGGCACUAAAAUGGCAUCCCGAUAAAAAUUUAGAGAAUCCCGAUCAAGCAAAGAAUCAAUUUCAAAUAGUUCAACAAGCAUAUGAUGUAUUGAGUGAUAGACAAGAGAGAGCUUGGUAUGAUAACCAUCGCGAACAAAUAUUGCGAGGCAGUAAUUCAGAUUUCGAAGAUAAAAGCCUAAAUGUCUUCCAAUAUUUCACAACAUCGUGUUUUCAAGGAUACGAAGACGAUGAAAACGGAUUCUACACCGUAUAUAGGAACGUAUUUCAAAAAAUUGCCGAAGAAGACAUCGAAUUUAUGGAAGAUAAAGAUGAAUUUAUCGAAAUUCCCGGUUUCGGUGAUUCCAAAAGUGAUUUUAAACACGUAUCAGAAUUUUACGCGUUUUGGAUUAGUUAUUCCACGAAAAAAUCAUUCGUUUGGCUCGAUCCUUACGACGUUAAAAACAUAAGAGAUAGAAAAUAUUUGAAAUUGAUUGAAAAAGAAAAUAAAAAGGUGAGAAUGAAGGCUCGUAAAGAAAGAAAUGAAGAAGUAAGGAAUUUGGUAGCGUUUGUAAAAAAGAGAGAUAAACGAAUACAAGCACAGAAGAAAAUACAAGAACAGAAGAUAUUAGAGGAUAAAAAGAGAAGGGAAACAUUGAGUAAGCAAAAGAAAAUAGAGAGACAGCAAGAAUUAGAUAAGGCGAGAUUAUCAUGUCAAGCGCAAUGGAGUAAAUUCGAAAACGUCGAGUCUGAAUUAGAACAAAUCGAAUCUCAGCUAGUGGAACAAUUUGGAGACUUGUGUUCAGACGAUAAUGAAGAUUUAGAUAAUUUAUACUGUAUUGCUUGUUCGAAAUUAUUUAAAACCCCCAAAGCCUUUGAAAACCACGAAAGUAGCAAAAAACAUAAAGAAAAUAUGGAGUUUUUGAAAAGUAGUAUGUUAGAAGAAGAAAUUUCCCAAAAUAUAAGUGAAAAUGGACAAAUUAGUAGUGCAGAAAGUGAUACAGAAUGUGAGGAAAUAGAAGAUACGAAUAAAAAUAAGAAGAAAAAGAAGAAAUCCAAAGUUAUUGUCAUUGACGAAGAUGACGAACUUUCUAAUAAUAAUACGACGUUUCAAACAACAGAAGACACUGGAUUUGAUGAUGCAGUUAAGAAACAGAAGAAGAAGAAUAAGAAAGAUACAAAAACUAAAGUUUCUAAAGGUACAUUCGAUAAUGGCGAUAUAGAAGAAGUUAAUUCACCCGCAUCUGAGAAUUUAAAUAUGAACGGGACUAAAAAAAAGGUAAAAACAAAAAAAGUGGACUUGAAACAAAAUAUCAACAUUAAUAGCUGCUGUGUUACUUGUAAAUUACAAUUCCCAUCAAAAAAUAAAUUAUUUAAUCAUUUGAAAAGCACUGGACAUGGCAUUUAUAUUCCUCCAAAUAUUGUACAUUUGUAAUUGUUAUAAUGUACGUUUAUUUAAUUUGUAAAUAGUGGUUGCAAUAUUAAAUAACAAAAAUCAAUUCAUGUUUUAUUUUUUGUAUAUCUAUUUGAAUAAAAGACGUAUAUCCAUA